AUGCGUCGGUUUGGCACUGAAAUAAGUGGCAAUCGAAGGCCAGGGGGUGAGCUUUCAUCUGAGGCCCGCGCAGCUAUUAUAUACGCUCAUGAAUGUGGUGUAUCGCCUACUAAAAUGGCUACUGAGUUCAACGUCGCACGCUCAACAAUAUACUCUACAAUCAAACGAUUCCGAGAGCAUCAAACGCUUAAAUCACUGCCUCGUUCAGGUGCCCCUAGAGUCUAUAGGUACUCUACUAUUAAAUACACUUGUUUACUUGCACGUCGUGAGCCUUGGCUAAGCCUUAGUGAGCUGAGCGCCCGUAUACCCAGCCAUCCAUCUCGAUCAGCAAUCAAGCGAUUUCUACGUUCAAAAUUCCUCCAGCGCUAUCGAGCAAGACGUUGUAUCCCAAUUUCGAGGGAGAACGCCCGCAAACGAGUCCGAUUUUGCCGAAAUUGGAGGGCUGAACGCUACAAUUCCCAACUACAAAGCUUUAUAUUUUCCGACGAAUGCAGCGUUCAACGUAUCCCUAAUUUAAACGGCCAAUACGUUACCCGGCUUAGAGGAGAAGCUUACCGGCAGGGAAUGGUGCAAGUUAAGGCUCAUGUGAAGGAUAUUUGUCAAAUGGUUUGGGCUGGAAUAUGGCUCGGAGGGCGUACAAAACUUGUUAUUAUGGAGCGUGACUUUUCAGAAGGACAGCGAGGUCGCGGAGGUGGUUAUACAACGAAAUCCUACCUAAAAGCACUUGAAGAAGAGUUUAUUGAACACUAUGAGCCUGGAACUAUAUUUCAGCAAGAUAACGCAAAAAUCCACCGCUCCUAUGUUGCUCAGCGAUGGUUUGAACGUCAUGGUAUACAUGUUAUGGAAUGGCCGCCACGCUCGCCAGAUCUCAACCCUAUUGAACCCGUAUGGCGCUGCUCGCCUCCUGGAAUUGCCGAGAUUGAGGGCAAGUUCCAAUUCAACCUGAGUGCACUGCCACCCGCGCUGGCGUACUCGUGCGAGGCCACCAACACCACCCCGUCCGUCUUCUAUGUCAGCAACACCGACCGUUGGGUCAGCUUCAACUUCAUCCUCGGUGCCUCCGUGCAGACCCCGAUAGUCUCCAUCGACGACCAUGACAUGUGGAUCUACGCCGCAGACGGCCAGUUUGUGCAACCGCAGCGCGUCGACGGGAUGCUCAUAUUUAGCGCGCAGCGUUACUCGGUCCUCGUCAGACUCAAGGACAAGCCCAGCUACGACGCCUAUACCAUGCGCUUCUCCAAUGUGGGAGGCAACCAAAUCCUUUCGCCACGGCCCUGCUUUGGUACGCUCCGAGCGGCAAGAUUGACACCAUCGCGCCAGACUCGCACGCACUCUUCAACCAGGCUGGCAGCGCGACCAAUAGCUCAGUCGUCACCCUUGACAUGA